AUGAACAAGAUCCCAACCAAUGAUGAUCUGAGGAAGUUUCGAGAAUGGUGUUCUAGUAUAGAAAAUCCACUAAGUUUGGAUGGCUUGCCGCCAGUACUCCUGCAUUCAUUUUGCCAUAUAAACUUUCUAUGGAAAUAUUUCCCAUCACCUUGGUUGAGAUAUUAUCUACAUCAUCGAGUGAAGUUAAUUCUUGAAUUCGAUGAAAAAUUAAGAAGAGAAAACCUCGUUUAUGAUUUAUCAGAAGAUGAACUGCAAGAGGCCACUUUUCUUAGAGGCCUCGAUAGCGCAAAUUUAAGUACAGAAGCAAACAGAUAUUGGCUCAAAAAUUGGCUUCGUCAUACAAGUAUAUUCGCAAGUAAUGCUGUGGAUCCUUCCUACAUUCUUCAUGCUAUGGUCUUUCAGUCACAUAAUUAUUCUGAUCUUCGUCAUCAAAGAAGAGUAUUUGAUCAGACAUGACAUCCUCUCUUCAAUUCUUUGUGUAACUUGAAGCGGUUGAAAUAUUUAAAGGAUAUGAUAUCCUCAAUUUCUCCAAGAUUAAUGUGUAUUAAACAAACGAAAGGCGAAUUCAGGGAUUUUUCUUUAUGAGCUGUUUUUUUCAAGUAUUCAAAAUAUUCAAGUACAUUGAACCAUAUGUGAAAUACAGUGCAGACCCAUGUUCAAGAUUUAUUUUUUUGUUCUAUUCUCAAAGUUUGUUGGUAAAUCUGGGCCAAUACAUGUGUACCGUCCGUAUGA